CCUCACCUCAGGGUCCCGCUGUAUGCAGCAGCCACAAACAAACCAGGGAUUCCAGGGUAGACGGCCAAGAUGUCCAUGACGAGGCGCUGGUGAUCCCCAGCCGGUAGAAGAGAGGCACAAAGAUCUCAGCAGUGAUGGUUGACAUGAUGACGUAGCUGAUGCCAAAGAGCCAGAAGGACGUUCCGUACAAGUACGCCUCGACCGGCGUGCCAAUGACGGUGACGCCGGACAUGAAGCUGGCCGUGAGCGACAUGGCCACGGGUACCGCUGUCAUCUGCCGCCCGCCCAGAAAGAACUCGGCGCUGCUGGCUUCCUUGCGUCCACGGAAGGCCUGAAAGAGGCCAAUGCCAGCGGCGCCCACAAUCGUACCCGCAAACACAACAUAGUCCCACACGGAGAACGUGGCCACAGGACCACCCGUGCCAACCAUGGUGCCCCUGACGACCCGGAACCCGGCCGAACAUGAACGCUGUCGUGUUCACCUGCUGCCUCCUCUUGCUGCUUUGCAGCUCGGCGGCACCGAUGUGCAUCGCCUCCGAUUACACGUUGUACGUGGAGAAGCCCGAGUGUGACUUCUGCGUGGCCAUCAACACCACCAUUUGCAUGGGAUUUUGCUACUCCAAGGACAGCAACAUCAGAGACAUAUUCGGCUCGCGCUUCGUGAUCCAGACAGGCUGUACCUACGACAGGGUGGAGUACCGCACGACCCAGCUGCCCGGAUGUCCCGGACCUGCCAGCGCCUCCUUCACUUACCCGGUAGCCCUCAGCUGCCACUGUGGAGCCUGCCGGACCGACACCGACGAGUGUGCCCACAGGGCGGACGCGGGCGGCUCUGCAUGCACCAAACCGGUCCGACACAUGUACCCAUACUCUGGCGACUACAUGCUCCCCUUCUGAAUCCGUUGUGUGUAUGCCAUCGCAUCCGGCCUGCUUUGUUACACCUGUAUCAGUGAAGGCUUGUGAGCCUCAUUUGUGUCAGAGUCACUGACCUCAUUCAUCCCCAAUGUACACAGAUGUGUUUGUUGUACUCCCAGGCUGAUUAUGUGCACUCGAUUAAAGCCUCUAAAUAGCCUGUG